GACGUCCGGCUUGGGAGCAGGCACUUUCGUUUCACGUGCAACCAAAGAGCGAUUUAAAAAUGGGUGAUGUUGAGAAGGGCAAGGAGAUUUUUGUUCAGAAGUGUGCCCAGUGCCAUACUGUGGGAAAGGGAGGCAAGCAUAAGACUGGGCCAAAUCUCCAUGGUUUAUUUGGGCGAAAGACAGGUCAAGCCCCUGGAUUUUCUUACACGGAUGCCAACAAGAACAACGGCAUCACCUGGGGAGAGGAGACACUGAUGGAGUAUUUGGAGAAUCCCAAGAAGUACAUCCCUGGAACAAAAAUGAUCUUUGCUGGCAUUAAAAGGCAGGGGAAAGAACAAGCUUGAUAGCUUAUCUCAAAAAAGCUACUAAGGAGCAAUAGUUGGCCGUUGUCUUAUUUAUUACAAAACAAAAAUGUCUCAUA